AUGUCUGCGCCAGCCAUCAAGGCUCUUCUGUUCGACUGCGACAACACGCUUGUCCUGUCCGAGGAGCUCGCGUUCGAGGGCUGCGCCGACCUGAUCAAUGAAAUCUGCAAGACCAAGGGGCUGGACCUCCCGCCCUUCUCGGGCGAGACGCUGAUCAAGGAGUUCGUCGGCCAGAACUUCCGCGGCAUGAUGGGCACGCUGCAGAAGCAGCACGGCCUGCAGCUGACGCCCGAGGAGCUGGAGAUGUACGUCAAGCGCGAGGAGGACGUGGUCAUCGCCAAGCUCAAGUCGUCCCUGCGCCCCUGCGUCAACGUCGAGCCCGAGCUCAAGCGCCUGGCCGACAAGGGCGACCACACGAUGGCGGUCGUGUCGUCGAGCGCACUGCGGCGCCUGCAGGCCAGCGUCGAAAAGGUCGGCUUCGCGCACUACUUUGACGACCGCCUCUACAGCGCCGCCACCAGCAUCGACCCGCCCACGAGCAAGCCCGACCCGGCCAUCUACCUCCACGCCAUGAGGGAGCUGGGCUUCAAGCCCGACGAGUGCGUCGCCAUCGAGGACUCGCGCAGCGGCACCCUGAGCGGCACCCGCGCCGGCAUCAAGGUCGUCGGCUACGUCGGCCCCUACACCCCAGACCUCCAGCCCAUGAUGGAGCAGACGCUGCGCGAGGCGGGCGCCGUCGUCGUCAUGCGCGACUGGAGCGAGUUCCCCGCCUGCCUGGACAAGAUCGCCUCGGGCGCCAUCUAG